AUGGUCGGCUCCUUCCCUCAAAGUUCCUUGCCUGGCUCCACACCACUUGUUUGACGACGACAUAACCAUCUGCUGACCAAUCAACCAGCGAUCUCUGAUGGAUGGCUAGCCACACUGUUGAAAUCACAAAUUAGCUCGACCAACAAAUCUCCCAGCCAUCAAUUUCUCACAACUUGACCAACCAGCAUCACAGGAGUGUUGCCCUAACAAUAUUCAUUGAAUAGUUUCUGCUUGUACCCCAACGUAAAAUACAAAAAUGCCCGUUGCCAAGAACCUCGAACCGUUUGUGUGUGGUGGCUCUGCUGCCACCUUUGCUUCGGUAGUGAUUCACCCAAUGGAUCUGGCCAAGGUGCGAAUGCAGCUUUACGGACAGCUAAAUCCUGGCAAACCGGUUCCCUCCUUCGUGACCAUUAUUGGCAACUCGGUCAAGGAGGGGGGCAUUGGUGCCGUUUACAAGGGAGUCGAUGCCGCCAUUGGACGCCAACUGGUCUACGGAACGGCCCGUAUUGGAUUGCAUCGAAACUUUUCCGAUAUGCUGGUUGCAAGGAACGACGGCAAACCCAUUAAUUUCCUACAAAAGGCACUCUCAGGCAUGGCCAGUGGAUCCAUUGCUGUCUGCAUUGGAACUCCCUUUGAUAUUGCACUUGUGCGAUUGCAAGCCGAUGGAAUGGCCGAUCCCAAAGAUCGCCGCAACUACAAAAACGUCUUUGAUGCCCUGGUACGAACUACCACCGAAGAAGGAGUCGGGGCUCUCUACAAGGGACUUUUGCCCAAUAUUUUGCGAGGCAUGUCCAUGAAUGUCGGUAUGAUGGCCUGCUACGAUCAAGCCAAAGAAACUGUUGCGGCAUUGCUCCAAGACCCAAUGACCGAUGGACCUUCGCUUCCCACGCGAUUGGGGGCAUCCGCCACAGCAGGCUUUACAGCAGCGCUCUUUUCUCUGCCCUUUGAUCUCGUCAAGAGCCGAUUGAUGGCACAAAAGCCCAAUCCCAUUACUGGAGAGAUGCCCUACAAGGGAAUUCUAGACUGUGCCAUGCAGAUUGCCAAAAAAGAAGGGCCAAAAGGUUUCUUCAGUGGUUUCUCGGCCUAUUAUGCACGUUGUGCACCACAUGCCAUGAUCAUCUUGCUCUCCAUUGAAUCCAUUACCAACGCCUAUCGAAAGACAUUUUAUUAGGAUUUCAAACUAUGUGUGAAAAAGAAUGGAGUAAGACAACAAUACUCACACAACGAAGGCAAAGGAAUGCUCACAGCAGCUGGCACCUGCAAUAUACUGUAAUGCAAAUUCAUGAAUAACACACUUUUUUUGCACACUUGACUAAACAAAGAUUGCCU